GCCAAAAUAAAAUGAAUCCUGACGAAGUGUUUGAUAACAAAUAUUUUAGACUCAACAGGACGUUACUGAAACAAGUUUCGCUUUGGCCUUAUGAAUCAACAUCAACAAAAGUUAUCAAAAGAAUCUUCAUUAUGGUUGGUUUCUAUUCAAUGAGUCUACCGCAGAUGAUUCGGGGUAUUGAAGAAAUUCGAUCAGAUGAUCCAGAUCCAGAAAUAAUCAUUGAAAACUUAUCUGGCUUCAUAUAUUUUCAUGGAGUAAUAUCGAAACUUAUAACUCAAAUGGUCACGGAAAAUAAGUUAAAAUAUCUGUAUGAAGAAAUUUCGAAAGAUUGGAAAACAAUCACCGAUAAAAACGAAAAGGCCGUUCUUGAAAAAUCAGCUGCCGUUGGUCAUCAAUUGACCAUCUUUUAUACUGGGUUUGUCGUUCUCAGCGCAAUAUUCUUUGUAUCGAUAACUGCAUUUGUUCCAGUUUUACUGAAUCACGUUCUGCCCGGAAAUCAAACUUACCAAAAACAAAUAUGCAUUUAUGCCGAAUAUUUUGUGGAUCAAGAAAAAUAUUUUUAUUACAUUUUUACGCACACUAUGGUUAUUGGUGUAAUGACAGUUUACGUUGCAACUGCAAUCGAUUCGGUUUUCGUUAAUUGUGUUCAACACGUAUUGGGAUUAUUCAACAUCAUAAAAUACCGUCUCAAAGAAAUAAGCCGCGUAUACGAUAGUUCUGUAAAUAAUUCAAUUGAUUUGCACUUUGACGUCAAGAGAUAUUUGAUCGACAUUAUUCUAACUCACAAAAAAUCUCUCGAAUUUACCAACCUCAUCCAAAGUGCCUACAACGAGUGCUUCUUUUUACUCGCUGGAUUAAUUGUUGCCGGCUUGAGUGCUUUUACUUAUGUUUUAUCUCAAAAUGUAAAUAAUCCACUAAAUUUUAUGAGGAUUUGGUUUUUGUGGUUUGGCGUUAUCGUUUACAUGUUUUUUGUGAAUUUACCGGGACAAAAAUUACUGAAUAUCAGCGAAGAACUUCUCCUAGCAAUUUAUGACAGCAGUUGGCACAAAUUUCCAAUAAAAACACGUUUUUUGAUACAAGUAAUGAUGCUUCGUUGUUUGAAACCAUGUCGUUUGACAGCAGGCCCUUUGAUAGAAAUGAAUUUUGCAAGCUGCAGUAAUAUUCUCAGAACAGCAUUUUCCUAUUUUACCGUUGUAAAUUCAAUGAAUAGUUAAAAGUAUUGAAAAAAUACAUACAUCAAAAAAGCAUUAUUAUG